UUCACGAUUUUCCUCCCACAAGUGGAAGAUGGGCUUAUAAACCUGCGUUCAGGUGAAGAAGAGUAGCAGAGCUGGGAUGCUGGGAUACCCAACAGGCCUUAUCCUGUUCUUUGUGAAGGGGCUGCACGUUUGGUUUUGGGGACCUCCGUGUCUGGAGGGGGGUGCUUCAGCUGAAUUCUAAUUGUGCUGCAGCUGCUGAGCCCUCCAGUUGUACUUCUGGAGGUCUCGUAGGUGCUGGGGACUUCAGCUGCAGUGUGCAUACUGGUUUUCUGAUGUGACCUGUAAAUUUUGGCUGGUUGAUUCUGUUUAUGCAAGAUUGUUCUCAGAUCAGAUUCAGCUACCCAGAAACAUGAUUGAAAACAGUAUGUUUGAGGAAGAGCCUGAUGUGGUUGACUUGGCAAAAGAGCCCUGUUUACACCCCCUGGAGCCUGAUGAAGUUGAGUAUGAACCAAGAAGCUCGCGGCUCUUAGUGCGUGGCCUUGGGGAGCAUGAAAUGGAUGAUGAUGAAGAGGAUUAUGAGUCAUCAGCUAAACUGCUGGGGAUGUCCUUCAUUAACAGAAGCUCGGGUCUCCGCAGUAACAUGUCUGUCUAUAGACAAAGUCCAGAUGGUUCUUGCUCAGUGCCCUCUAUGAGGACCGUGCUGGUUUGCACUGGUGUUCUUGUGAUUGCAGUUUCAGUGAUAAUGGUGAUUUAUCUUCUUCCCAAAUGUACCUUUACCAAAGAAGGCUGCCAUAAAAAAAAUCGUACAAUGGAACUGAUAUACCCUUUGGCAACCAAUGGAAAGCUGUUUCCAUGGGCAAAAAUAAGACUUCCUUCUGAUGUUGUACCCCUGCAUUAUGAUCUCGACUUGCAGCCAAACCUAACUACCCUGAAAUUUACAGGCUCUGUGAAAAUAGUGGUUAUUGUCACCCAAGUAACUAAGAAGAUUGUGCUUCACAGCUCAGGACUAAAUAUCACCAAGGCAACUAUUACUUCAUCAGGAGGAAGUCAAGAAAAGGCAGUUGAGUUGCUGGAAUAUCCGUUGCAUGAUCAGAUUGCAGUCAUAGCACCUGAGUCUCUCCUGGCAGGACAGAAUUACACAGUCAACUUGGAAUAUUCAUCUAAUUUAUCAGAUACAUACUAUGGCUUUUACAAAAUUUCUUACAAGGAUGAGAAUUCUAAGCAAAAGUGGUUUGCUGCAACUCAGUUUGAGCCUCUUGCUGCAAGGUCUGCUUUUCCAUGCUUUGAUGAACCAGCACUUAAAGCUACUUUUUCAAUCAGAAUCAAGAGAGAUGAGAAACUUUCCACGCUGUCGAAUAUGCCAAAGAAAGCCACUACUCCUGUGACAAAGGGAAUUGUUCAGGAUGAAUUUUUUGUGAGUUUGAAGAUGAGCACCUACCUGGUAGCCUUUGUAGUUGCAGACUUGAAAAACAUCAGUAUGGAAACUAAUGGGAGUCUGGUAUCUGUCCAUGCUAUACCGCAGCAUAUAAACCAAGCAGAGUAUGCUCUAAACACAACAGUGAAACUUCUAGAAUUUUAUGAAAAGUACUUUUUAAUAGAUUACCCUCUUGAAAAAUUAGAUCUUGUAGCAAUUCCUGAUUUUCAGGCUGGUGCAAUGGAAAACUGGGGCUUGAUCACCUUCCGAGAAACAGCACUCUUGUUCGACAAUAAUGCUUCUUCUGCAAGGGAUAAAAAGCUAAUAACUGCAGUGAUAGCUCAUGAACUUGCCCAUCAGUGGUUUGGCAAUCUAGUAACUAUGGAGUGGUGGAAUGAUCUCUGGCUGAAUGAAGGAUUUGCCACUUUCAUGGAGUACUUCGCGAUGGAGGAGGUUUUUCCAGAAUUACAUUCAGAUGAAGAUUUCCUGAAUCUAAUAUUCAAGGCUAUGAUGAAGGAUUCCUUAAAUUCUUCACAUCCGGUCUCUUCUGCUGUCCAGUCAUCAGAGCAAAUUGAAGAAAUGUUUGAUGCACUCUCUUACAUCAAGGGAGCUUCACUUCUGAUGAUGCUGAAGCAUUAUCUCACUAAAGAUGUUUUUCAAGCUGGCGUUGAGAUAUAUUUGCAUAAUCACAAGUAUGGAUCUGCCCAGAAUGAUGAUUUGUGGGACAGCAUGAAUGAGAUCACCAAUGGAACACUAGAUGUAAAAAAGUUAAUGAAAAGUUGGAUUCUGCAUAAAGGAUUUCCUUUAGUGACUGUUAACCGAAAAGGAAAGGUCAUCUCAUUGCAUCAGGAAAAAUUUUCGUAUCGUGUAGAACCAGAUAAUUGGACAUCAGACACGAGUUAUCUCUGGGAUAUUCCUCUCACCUACACGACUAACAGGUGUAACUUUACCCAUUGCAUUAAUGCAUAUUUACUGGACCAGAAAUCAGCUACCAUUGAACUUCCAGAAGAGGUGGAAUGGAUAAAAUUCAAUGUAGACAUGAAUGGUUAUUACAUAGUAAAUUAUGAUGAAGACUGGGAAACACUGACUGAUCUGUUGAAAAAAAACCACACUUCUUUAAGCGCUAAAGACAGAGCCAAUUUGAUCAACAAUAUUUUCACCCUUGCAAGUCUAGGAAGAGAGUCUCUGAAAAAGGCCUUUGAGCUGAUCGAUUACCUUGAGGAGGAGAGCAGCUCUGCACCUCUCACUCAAGCUUUGUUUCAGCUGGGUCUUAUUUUCAGCCUUCUAGAGAAAAGGGGAGAACAACAAUUGGCAGCACGUGUCAUGAACAGAAUAGAACGCCUGCUUGGCAAUAAAAUUGAUCAGCAGCGCUGGACAGAUGAUGGGACAUUAUCUGAACGAGAACUCCGGUCAAUGCUGCUAACUUUUGCGUGCACCCAUGAUAUAAGAAACUGUAGAAAAAAUGCAUCUGAGAUCUUUGAUAGGUGGAUGAAAUCAAAUGGAACAAUGAGUCUUCCUAGUGACCUUAUGAAAACCAUAUUUAUAACUGGAGCCAAAACUAAUGAUGGCUGGGAAUUCCUCCUAAAGAUGUACUCCUCUUCAGUUCCUGAAGCAGAGAAAAGCAAAAUGAUUGAAGCUUUGGCCAACACAGAAGAUGUCAGAAAGAUGAUGUGGUUAAUGCAGAACAGCCUUGAAGGAGAAGUCGUCAGGACACAGGAGCUUUCACAUAUCAUAACAACUAUUAGCCACAGUUUGCCUGGACACUUGCUGGCCUGGGACUUUGUCAAAGAGAACUGGGAAAAACUUACACGGAAGUUUCAUCUAGGCUCAUACACUAUGCAGAAUAUCAUUAGCUCAUCAACUUCCCAGUUUGCAACAAAGGUGCAUCUACUUGAGGUGAAAACAUUUUUUGAGUCAAAAUCAGAAGAGAGCUCUAAACUGCGUUGUGUAAAAGAGGCAAUUGACACAAUUCAGCUUAAUAUCCAGUGGAUGGAGACGAACUUAGCAAAGCUACAGGAAUGGCUGUAGCACACAUAAUGUUAUAGUGUGCCAGCCAUUAAAAAUCUGUGGACAUUUGCUCCGUUUCUUUUGCAAAAGCCAGGAUGAAACCAGGCAUCGCUGCAACAUUGUUUGCACUAUUAGAGAGUCUAGAAAGCUCAGGGCAUGUCUCACAUAAAAUUUGAUUUCCCUUAAAGCAUUUAUGUGCAGGAUUAAGUAUUUAUUCUGAAACUGUUUUCAUCUGUAGACCAAACAUUUCCAUGAGUGAUGAUACAUAAUUUUUAUAUUUGAAACUUACACCCUUAAUUUGGAGUCGUGUUCCAGUUUCUCAUCAGUGGAAAUUAAUAAUUUUUUUUAAAUGUAAAAAUGCAGAUAGUUCCACAGAAAUUAAAGAACCUGUUUUGCAACAGAACCAUACUUAAGAUACCUAUCAGUGGACUGAACCAUAACUGAUGUUGCUGUAUUAUCUGUGAGCAACUGCACAAAACUACCAUUGAAAGUGGCUGCAGGCUAGUUCAUCUGUUAAAGUGACUACUGAUUUCUCCACCUUUGACUGUUUGAUUUCAUUACUUGUUUCAGAGGUUCUGCAAUUAGUCAGUAUGUGCCAGCCACUUCAUUUGGAUAAGUUUAUACCUUUUUUUUCCCUUGCUUGUUACCUCCUAUAUUGCAGGACAAAUUGUGUACACUGUUUCUUGUUUUAACAUCUAGAAAUCUUCUCAUUUAGAUUUUAAUGGUUUCUUCUUACACUGUUGUGAAAAACCUUGUGAGACAAAUCUGCAAAUUCUAUAAAAGAAGGGGAUCUAAAAGCAGAGAUGUACCACAUUGGAAAGGCAGAAUACCACUUGUGCAUUCUGUCUGUCUUUCAAAAGCAGUGAAAAAGGCCAUUUUUGAGGCGUCACAUAUACAUACAACACAUAGAAGAUUAAGCAUACUUGUUUAUGUGGAGAUGUGAUGAUGUUUUCAAAUGUUCAUUUCACUAUUGAUGCACCUUUUGUGGAUUCUUGCAAGCAGAUUCACCUGUUGUCUUAUUACAAGCCAAUUAAAUGAUCAGUUAUAAACUGCUGUGAAAGUGCUAACAGAAAUUGAAUUCGAACAAAACAAAUUUAAUUACCAGUAAAUUCUGAAGAAGAUAACAGUGAGAAUUUGUCACAGGUAACUCAAACUGAAGGCUUUAAUUUCUGAAAUUGCAGCAUUGGCUGUACAGUUAAUUAGCAGAAAUAAUAAGCUAUGACUUGCUUAAACCAUGCUGUAUUUUUCCCAUCCUUUCAGAAUGAGAAGUUCUUUCCUAGAAAAGAAAUCUCUCAUUUUUUCAUCAGCUCACAUUAAAAGUAACAUUUGCAGUUCUAACCUUGAAGUUAUCAGAAAGAAUGUUAGCUUUGAAAGUGUACAAACGAAUGUUUGCCCAAAAGGCUCAGAAAUGAACAGUUUUCACAGGUACUUCAGAAGGAAUUGGUGGUUUGAGCACUGAAAGUAGGUCAUACCAUUCUACUUCCAUACAAGUUAUGCAAUUAGAUUUGUAAUUAAUUAUGUUCUUUUUUUUUUUUUAGCCAGCUAUCAUGUCUUGUAGUUUUCUUCAUUUAUUUUAAAUCUCUGUGCUUUCUGCAUAAAUAUUAUCUCCAUAUUUGUAUAUUUGUGUGUACUUAGUUUUGUUUUGCAGACCAUUCUCAAUGUUAAAUGCUUUCACUUUUCUAUCCUAUCAAACUUCUUUUUCUUCAGCUCUGAUUGGUACUGAGGCAUAUAAAUUUCAAAUGGAAACUGGAGGAGAAUUCCCUCUUCUUCCUGAUUUCUGCUGUAGGAUUUUUUUUUACAUUUUAUUCAGAUGCUGUACUGAUAAUUAGCUCUAUGCAAGGAAAUUGCAUGCAGCUGAAUGUGAACUGUAUCAAGAGAGUGUGGAAGAUCAAAGAGAUUUUGGAGGGAUUUCUCAAUUUUUAUUUUACUAUUCUUUUUUGAAAAAUAAACAAUACUUUUAGUAUGUCAGUUUCAUAGGAUUUGAUAUCAUUUUAUGUCAUGUAGUCUAUAAAUUCAUUAAAAGUUGUACUGGA